GGCAUAGAACAGCGAACUUUCAACGUAAACCCCACACGCUUCGGUGAGUCACCCCCCAACUCUCCUGUCGACCUCUUUUCCUUCUCUCCCUGCUCUAUCUCUUCUCCUUGUACGAUUUCAAACCCUAUUUCCUACUCUCUCUCUCUCUCUCUGAGGCCCCUAUUUUUGAGCUAUUCCUAUCUAUUUGUUUUUCCAUGUACAAUAAAUUCACGGCAGGCUGAAAAUUGGGGGCCCUAAUUUAUCGUACUGGUGCAUAUUCGGGGCUCUCUCAGUCGAUCAAUCUUGCAUUUUAGGGUCCGCUGACCGAUAAGCUUUGGGUUUUUCUCAAUAAUUCUGGUCCGAUCGAAUUAGGGUCCUCUGGCUCCCGAAUUGGAUAAUUCCGAUUCUGUGCUUCAAUUUUGUACAAAAUAGGGGCUUUAUUAAUCGUUUCUACUGCCUUUGAAUUAUACCGGUCUGGUGUUCAGUGAUUUGUGAAAGUUAGGCUUUUCUUUGCCAAUUGGGGGAAAAUGGAUUCGAGCCGGAGAGCGGUGGAGUCAUAUUGGAGGUCGCGGAUGAUCGACGCCGCCACAUCAGACGAGGACAAGGUCACGCCGGUGUACAAGUUGGAGGAGAUCUGCGAUCUCCUACGAUCUUCGCAUGUCAGUAUUGUAAAGGAGGUCUCGGAGUUUAUCCUGAAGCGGCUCGAGCACAAGAGCCCGAUUGUUAAGCAGAAGGCUCUUAGGUUGAUAAAAUACUCGGUGGGGAAAUCUGGUGUGGAGUUCAGGAGGGAAAUGCAGAGACAUUCAGCAGCCGUGCGCCAGUUAUUUCACUAUAAGGGACAGUUAGAUGCUUUGAAAGGGGAUGCACUUAACAAGGCUGUGCGGGACACUGCUCAUGAGGCUAUCUCUGCUAUGUUUUCUGCAGAGAAUGAUAAGCCAGCUCCUGCUGAAGAUCUUAACAAAAGAAUACAGGGGUUUGGAAAUACGAACUUUGAAAUGCCACCGGAAGAAAGGAAAUCAUUUCUCAGUGAGGUAGUAGGUCUUGGAAGUGCAUCUAUAAAGCAGGGAAUUAGCAAUUUCACACAAGGUCAUUUAGUGAAAAAGAAUGACAAUGGAAGUUACAAGGGUCCAAAUCUUCGGAGGUCACUGACUAUAGAAUCCGAUCAUGCUGAUAGAUAUGAACCUGUUGAUUAUCACAAUGAGACUCAGGGUAGUUUUGGGAUUUCAAAGAAUGCGGCCAGUGGACCUUGGAACCAGGAUUCAAGAGUAUCUAAGAUGGAAAUAACCAACGGGGACUCCAGUUCAAGUUCUAAAGAAAGUAGGACUCGUGAAGAGAGGUUAUUGGAGACCAUUGUAACAUCAGGUGGUGUACGUUUACAGCCUACUCGAGAUGCUGUUCAGAUUUUCCUUGUCGAGGCUGCAAAGUUGGAUGCUUUGGCUUUAAGUCACGCCCUUGAGUCAAAGCUCCAAUCUCCCCAGUGGCAGGUUCGCAUGAAAGCUGUCUGCGUCCUUGAGUCAAUACUGAGGAAAACAGAUGAGGACCAUUUUUUCACUGUGGAGUCUUAUUUCAGUAAAAAUAAAGAUGCAGUGUUGAGAUGUUCUGAAUCUCCUCAAUCUUCUCUGAGGGAAAAAGCUAACAAGGUUUUAAGCCUUUUGGGUGGAGAACAGACAAACAGCACAGCGACUUAUACAGAAAGGACCAUGAAGAGUGAUGCUACUAAUGCUGUUCAAAUGCCCGACUUAAUAGACACUGGUGAUCCAGAUGAUUAUGAUGAUAAUUCUACAAAGAAUCAAAGUGAGCAAAAUCUGGCAAAUGUUUCAAUGCCAGCCCCUCUAAUUGAUGAUUUGUUUGGAGAUGGUCUGGGCACUAGUGCAAGCAUUUCUGAACCAAAAAACGAUGACGACCCCUUUGCGGAUGUGUCAUUUCAUGCUAGUGAUAGUGGGGAACAUGCAGAUGACCUCUUUUCUGGGAUGACCGUUGAUGACAAACAGGUUGCUAAUGGGAAUCUUAUGGCUGGGAAGAGAACUGGAGCUGAACUAUUAGAUUUAUUUGGCUCCAGUCAUGAACUUCCUCAGGAGCAAGAAAGUCAUAAAAAAGAUUUCAAUGACUUCAUGGCUGGUUUUUCCCUUAAUGAAAAUGCCUCCAACAUGAAGCAGAAAGUAACCUCUCCUGGAUCUUUUUCAGAGACUUUGUUCUCAGAUUCAGAUAGUAAUCCCCAGAAUCAGGUUUCCAAUGACACUUUGAGUGCCAUGUUUAGUUCUCAAACGUCCACAAUGAAUCCAAAUGCUGUGUUCCCUCCUGGUGCUAUGUCAUACCAUAUACCUCCUGGCUUCAUGCUCAACCCCGCAUUUUCUUCUCAGCCAAUAAAUUAUGCUGCCAUGGGGAAUCUUUUUGCUCAGCAGCAAUUGCUAGCAAGCCUCCAACACCUUGGGAACAUGAAUGCCCAAAAUGCUGGUGUCAGUCAUGUUGGUGGUAGUAAUGGAGCAUAUUCUUCACCCCUUCCUGAUGUAUUCCAAUCAAACUUUCCUGCUCAAACUCCUAGUUCACUGAUGAACGGUUCAAAGAAAGAGGAUACCAGAGCUUUUGACUUUAUCUCUGACCAUCUUGCUGCAGCUCGUGAUCAAAAGAGGAUGGUUUGAAUUUUAAGCUUAUACUUUAUCAUGAAGGUCUGGUUUAGGCCUUCGAUUAUGGCUUUACAGCGUGUAGAUUGAAGCAGGAUAUACAAUUGACAACAAAGAAGGUAUUCUUUUGCAAUAAUGGAACAUUUGCAAAUAUUACCAAGGCAUGUUUCCGUUAUAAUUGCAUUUCAAGUGAUACCGAGAGGAAUUUCCUGGACUAAGAGUCGAAAUGGAGGAAUGAGAAUGUAGUGCUGUAGCUCGAUUAGUAUUUUAAAUCAUUAUUGCCGGCACUUAUUGGAUGUCUUUCUCCUUUGUAAUGGAUUGAUAGUGCUCUGUUUCUUCAUCCCUCUUUUUUUGUGUUAAAAAAAAACCUUUUCUCCCUCACGAGAUUACAUGCGGUGCAUGGUUUUUUUACCCAGAAAGUCAAUAAAAAGCAGUAAAUUGUUCCUUUA